GGCACUGAUAACCACUUAAAAUAUGAGUAAUAAAAACGCAUGUAGUUGACUCAGCAAUAUAAGCAGCAGACUGGAGAGCGAUACACCCUCUCUUAGCAGCAAACAGCGUACAGACAACGAGUGACUGAAUUAGGGAUGGGAGGUUUAAUGAAGUACAGUAAGUCAGUUUAAAUUUACUAGGAAAAAAAAGGCUAGUUUGCAAAAGAUUUUUAGUUCAGUUUGAUUCAUUUUUUAAUCUGGGUCUGAUAACAUUUAUUUAUUUCUGGUGAUAAUCGGAUUUAGGGUUGCGAUUUUAUUAUUGUAAUAAUAAUAAUAAUAAUAAUAAUAAUAAUAAUAAUAAUAUUUCUGCUUGUCUCCGUUACAUCACCUUUAUUGCAUUAGAAUUUCAAUGACUUAUUUAUUUAUAAAAAUUGAAAGGCUCCAUUUAUAAAAGUGAAAAAAUCCUUUAAAAAAAAAAAAAAAAAGAUACGCAGAGUAACGCAAGCUCCUUAUAAAAAAGAACUCUCAAAGUUACACUCCGGUAUUGAUUCGUUAACUAAUUGCAAACAGCUAAUUCAGUAACUGCUUUAGCUUCAGACGCUGCUAUAAGGAUGCAGGGGUCUGUCUCGCUAGUCUGGGUGGUCUGUUUGGGGCUGGGUGCUCCGUGCUGGGCGGUGCCCGUAGGAAAGUGGCAGGGUGUCAGAGGGGACCACCCCCAGCUGGCGUUGGAGGAGGACGUGAACAUCCUGAUGUACGGGGUGCUGCAGUUCAGUUCAGGUCUGCGCGAAAUGUACCGCGGCACCUCCAGCAAGUUCACACAGAUCUUCCACAGCCUGGACGCGUUCGAGAGGACCCUGGGGCUGCUGGGAAAGAGCGUGCGAGAGGCAAAGGACGCGGGGGGAGAGCUGGAGAGCAGCGUGCUGCAGCUACAGCGAGAGGAGAUGCAGCUGAAGAGCCAGUCCACAGAGAUUAACCAGCAGUUCAAGAGCCUGCUGUACGAUCAGCUGGUCCUGCAGAACAAAGUGACCAGUCUGGAGAAAACCCUGAGCAGCCUGGAGGGGACCAAACUACAAACACAGCCCGAGAACGUCUCUCAACUCAAGGAACAAAGCCUGAAACAGUACAAAACUCUGCAGAAGCUGAUGCAUUCAGUGCAGAGUCAGAGGAAGCAGAUGGAACAACAACAGCUACAGCUCUCACAGCUGUUGAAAAAGGGUGACUCUUGAACAGCACGAGAGAGAGCGAGAGAGAGAGAGAGAGCGAGAGAGCGAGAGAGAGAGAGAGAGAGAGAGAGAGAGAGAGAGAGAGAAUCUGUGGCAAUGUUUACUCAGCUUUCCAAUCGAAAGGACACCUUAUAAAACACAGAGACAGUUUGCAUUUAGUUCCUCUUUCUACAGUGAAGAACGGGAAGGGCAGACAUCCUUCAACACCCAGGUUUCCUUUGGCCCAAAAUCUACCUUUUUGUCUCCAUGCAGAGGGAACCCUACGAGACACUGCGAAAACCCAUAAUGAGGUCACUUCAGCCCAACUCUGUAUAUAGUUAUUAUUAGGGCUGUGUAUUUAAGGCUUGUUUCACAGCAUUCCACGGUCUAAAACUGUAUUUCAAGAUAUUUAAACAUCCUAUUUAUUAAAAGCAGAACAAUAUAGCAUUGCUAUAUUCAAUACUGAUGCAUUCAAUCGAGCCAUCUGAAAUGUCUUUGCGUUGAUUCCUCAUUUGUUUGCUCACAAAGAUCAAAAGCAGAACGGAUUGCAUUACAACAUUAGACUCUGAUGCCAUCUGAAAUGUCUUUGCAUCAGAUAGCUUGUGUGAGAUGGAAGAGGCGUCACAUUAAAAUUAGCUAGUGUGUUUAUUCUUAUUUAACUAUGUAUUACACAAUUAAUAAAGUAUAGGGCGGUGUGGCUUGGUACAAGCAGAUUUCAAACCAGCUCAAAGUCAGAUUCCACUAGUGUGUAGCUGCUGACCUGUUGUGUUUGCAUCGUACAUAUGAUGGUGUAUAUAUAUAUAUAUAUAUAUAUAUAUAUAUAUAUAUAUAUAUAAAGGGCGAAACAUGUAUGCAGCUACUGUAUUUUGACUUUUAAAACGCUGUGAAUGUAGAAGCCGUUAGGCAACUUUCACGCGAUUUGAUUGGCUCUUGUAAUGCUUUAUUUGCAUAUCUCCCUACAACCCCCUAUAUAUAUAUAUAUAGCUUUCUUAAUUCUUUGUUCUGUCUUUCCUUUGUCUGUUUGUUUUUUAUAUUACUGUAAAGUAUGUAGCAAUAAAACCUCAUAACUUGAAGAAAAAAAAAAUGUUCCGACAUAUAAAAACCAAGUUAAUAAAAACCAUUAAAAAAA